GCAGCCGCAUCCAGAGUCCGGCGACCGGCACUGGCACGGCGCUACCACCCGGGGCCGGGACGUCGAUGGACGUUGGCGGUGAAGGGGCAGCAGGGACGCCAGUAGCAGCGGGCAACGGGCCAGCAGCCGGUGGGCAGCAGCAGCAGCAGCAGCCGGGCACGGCCGCCAGCACGCCGGGCGCGGCCGGAGCAGCGCCGGCACCAGCGCCGGUCAAGCGCAGCCAGUCGCGGAACGACGUCCUGGACCUGGACAGCGCCCCGGGACCGUCCGGGCUACUGCCGAGCAACCCGGGCGUACCGGGCACGAUCGGGGGCAAUCCGCAGUCACGCUACUCAAACCUGUCGUUCUGGAAGGCGCGGCGGGUGCUGUUCUACCGGAAUGGCGAUCCCUUCUUCCCGGGCGUCGAGUUCCGGUUCAAGCCCGGGCGGGACAUCUGCACGCUCGAGGCGCUGCUGGACAAGAUCUCCGCCCGGAUGGAUCUGCCCCGGGGCGCCCGCUACAUCUUCUCGAUGGACGGCGACCGGAAGUACUCGCUCGACGAGCUCGAGGACGGCUCCAGCUACGUCGUGUCGUCGUUCAAGGUGUUCAAGCCGGCCAGCUACGGCAAAAAGAACGGCGUGUGGUACGCUUCGCCCGGCAACCAGGGAUGGGGCAGUGGUGCCGGCCCGGCCCGACUCGGACGCAAACCGUCCGUCACCGAGGUGGACAACAUGCCGUCCGGCAGCCUGAAGCCGAGCGCCGGGCGCGUGAUUAGAAUAAUCAACAGCCACGAUCACAGCGUGCAGUGUCGCGUGCUGCUGAACCUGCGCACAUCGCAACCGUUCGAGGAGGUGCUGGAGGAUCUCGGCCAGGUGUUGAAGAUGAUCGGAGCCAAAAAGAUGUAUACCAGCAACGGGCAGGAGGUGCGCAGCUUCUCCCAGCUGCGCAACGAGUUCGCCGAGGUGGAAACGUUCUACCUGAGCAACACGCCGUCGCUGCCGGUCGGGGCGCUCGGGCCGGGCGUCAUACCGCCGUCGCCGGGCCGCCGGUCCCGCUCGCGCCUCGGUGGCUCCGUGCCAGACGAUCUGUCCAAGACGACGGCCCGGCAGCGCGCCCGCAGCAAGAGCCGGCCGCGCGUCCUGUACGCGCCAGAGAACGAGCUGGUGCGCGCCUCGUCCGACUAUCCGCUGCUGGACGCGAUGAAGGAGGAACCGACGCGCAUCACGAUCCGCGGCCUGCGCCGCACCUUCUAUCCGCCGCUGCACCAUCCGCCGAUCGACAAUGCGCCGCCGGACAAGAAGCUGUCCCUGUUCUGGGUCCACGGCUACCGUGGAAUUGAUUCCAAGCGCAACCUCUGGGUGCUGCCGUCGGGCGAGCUGCUCUAUUACGUCGCCGCCGUCGCCGUGCUGUACGACCGUGAGGAGGACGCCCAGCGCCAUUAUACCGGUCACACAGAGGACAUCAUGUGCAUGGAGGUACAUCCGUCCCGGGAGCUGGUCGGGUCGGGCCAGCGGGCCGGCCGGGACCGGAAGUCCCAGGCGCACGUGCGCAUCUGGAGCACCGAGUCGCUGCAGACGCUGUACGUGUUCGGCAUGGGCGAGCUGGACUCGGGCGUGAUUGCGGUCGCCUUUUCGCAGCUGAACGGUGGCAGCUACAUCCUCGCGGUGGACGCCGGCCGCGAAAGCAUCCUGUCCGUCUGGCAAUGGCAAUGGGGCCAUCUGCUCGGCAAGGUGGCGACGCUGCAAGAAGGCAUCUGGGGUGCCACGUUCCACCCGCUCGACGAUAAUCUGCUAAUCACACAUGGCCGGGGCCAUCUCGCGUUUUGGCACAGACGGAAAGACGGUUUCUUCGAGAAGACCGACAUCAUCAAACCGCCUUCGCGAACGUUCGUCACAUGCGUCCAGUUCGAGCCGGACGGUGACGUCAUCACGGCGGACAGUGACGGCUUCAUCACGAUUUACAGCGUCGACGCGGACGGUGCGUACUUCGUGCGCAUGGAGUUCGAGGCGCACAACAAGGCGAUCAGCUGUCUGGUGAUGCUGUCCGAGGGUACGCUGAUAUCGGGCGGCGAGAAGGACCGCAAGAUAGCGGCCUGGGACUCGCUGCAGAACUACAAGCGCAUCACCGACAUUAAGCUUCCUGAGUCGGCCGGGGGCGUACGCUCGAUCUAUCCGCAGCGACCGGGCCGGAACGAUGGCAACAUCUACGUCGGCACGACGCGCAACAACAUCCUCGAGGGUUCGCUGCAGCGUCGCUUCAACCAGGUCAUCUUCGGCCACGGCAAGCAUCUGUGGGCGCUGGCCGCCCACCCGGACGACGAGGUGUUUGCGACCGGCGGCCACGAUAAGUACGUGGCGCUCUGGCGCCGCCAGAAGCUGAUCUGGACGACCUCGGUCGGAUACGAGAUCAUCGCGCUUGCGUUCCACCCGUACGGGGCGGCACUGGCGGCGGGCAGCUCCGAGGGCCAUCUGAUUGUGAUCAACGCCGAGAACGGUGCCACGAUGCUGACGAUUCGCGUCUGCGGCUCGCCGCUCAAUGCGGUAGAGUUUAACCAGGUCGGUGACAUGAUAGCGAUCGGCUCGCAGAACGGCAGCAUCUACCUGUUCCGAGUGUCGCGUGACGGCUUCUCGUAUAAGAAGAUCAACAAGAUCCGCGGCUCCCAGCCGCUAACGCACCUCGACUGGAGCAGCGAGGGCAACUUCCUGCAGUCGGUGACGGUCGACUUCGACCUGCUGUUCUGGGACGUCAAGUCGCUGUCGCCCGAGAAGAGCCCGAUCGCGAUGAAGGACGUCAAGUGGAUGACCAGCAACUGCACGGUCGGCUUCCUGGUGGCGGGCCUGUGGAACAACCGCUACUAUCCGGCACCGUCCAACACGAUUAUCACGACGACGGCCCGGACCGCGGCCCAGGAUCUGGUGGCGGCCGGCGACGCCGACGGCUACCUGCGCCUGUUCCGCUACCCGUGCAUUACGCCGCGGGCCGAAUUCACCGAGGCGAAGGUGUACUCGGGCACGCUCGCAGCCGUCAAGUUCCUGUACGGCAACCAUAGCCUGGUGACGGUCGGCGGCACCGACGCGUCGCUCAUGAUCUGGGAGCUGACCGAGGAAUAGCCACUGUGGCCGCCGUGGCGCACCGGGGUCGGCGUCGCCGCAGCCGCCGGGUCUCCCUCACCAGCAGGUAAUCCUAGCACCGUACUACCCGUAGCAAGCAACCAUCACCAUCAUCCAAUCCACCCUCCAAUCCAUCGCCGGCCGGAUGCCGGCCCGAUCAGCGUAACCGGCGAGGGCACCGGGCCGCCGCUGGCACCACUGUUGUCCCCAGCGGGCGCCCCACCGUCCACCUUGGUCGACCGUCUCAGCGCACAGCCAGCCACUAACGGUACAGCCGAUCGUCUAUGGGUAUUUAUAUACAACCAACACCGCCGAUCCCUCCCCCCUUUUUUUCUCCCCCCUCAAUGUCUCGGCGUCACCCGAAACAAGAUUCCCUUCUACUAUGCUGCCACUCUUUGUACUCUGCAUCUAUGUACGCGAUCCUCUUCCCUAUCUUUUAUACCUUUGGCUGUCUCUCUUUUUCUCACUCUCCCUCUCUAUUCUUACCUAGUGAUCUAACCUAAAGCAGUAGUAGUAACAUGCACUGUGUAACGUGUAGUACGCCCUUUUCUAUACCAACCGAGUCCAGCGGAGCGGAUCUUUCAGCGUAGGCGUAGCUACUAAGCAUGAACUGGCAGCAUUCCUCCUCACAACACAACUGCUUAUUAUAGUUCCUUCGCCUCUCUUGAACUCUCUCUCUCUCUCUCUCUCUCUCUCUCUCUCUCUCUCUCUCUCUCUCUCUCUUUCUCUUUUCACCUCUCCACAACGUUUUUUUCUAGUCCUUGUUAGCAACUCUUAUCCCCU